AUGUCCAUGUUUUACGUGCUCACCAACUCGUUCACCCUCUAUCCUGGCGCCUAUGAAUGUCCCGAAACGGCGACGACAACGAAGAGACCCGUGUUGGGCGCCUAUUUCCUUAUUUCCGGCAUUUUUUUCAUAGUGAGUGCUCGUUCUUUUGUGCGGUCGUCGGCCCGAAUUCGAUGUUCAGCUCCUCUACACUCCCUGUCUCAUUGUGAUGGUCAAGUCAAAGUGCCGUGUGCCGGCGUUCCAGGUCAUGCUCGUUCUCUCGGUUUUCGACAUUCUCUGCCUGACCGUCAACUCGGUGAUCACGGGCGUUCUCGAUCUGCUCGGCGCCUCCUUCUGCCACUAUCCGCUCUUCAUCUUCUGCUCCGGAGCCGUCGCCCUCGGCUCCUGGAUGGGCGGCUGUGUCGCGUGCAUUCUGCUCGCCGUCGAUCGGUGCGUCGAGAUCAACUCCAAACUCUGGCUGGGAUUUUUGUUCCGCAAAAAAGCGUUCCGCAUCGUCAUGACCACAAUGCUCGUCUAUUGGCUCUACGCGUGCCUGCUCACCAAACCACUCCUAUUCACCGCCGAGUUCAGCUCGUGGUUUUUCGAUCCGAAAGUCGGAAAAGAGGUAAUCCGCGUCAAUAAAAAUGAUAUUCUAUGGUUCCGUUUGUAGCCUGAUAUGUAUCACAACGUGGCACACACCAUCAACAAUAUGAUCGUUUCGAUUGCAACCACUUCGCUCUACAUCUAUUUGUGCUAUCAUCUGAUUUACAAAUUUGGCUAUUCGACGUCCAUGUGGCUGUACCGAUCUAAACAACAAGUGAGUGAACAGCCAAAUCGAAUACCGUCUAUUCAGGACAAUAUACAGGGUGGUCCACCGUUACCCGUACAAAAGUUUUACGCGGCGCGCGUAGGUACUGACGCAAUUCUGGUGUGGCCCUGAUUCAAAAUUGUGUAUAUUAUCAUGUUUUUAACUAUUCGGCCAAGUCUCAGACCAAACGGAUUUGUUUCAGCCAAAUAGCACCGAUUAGUCUGCACCCCGUCCCCAUCAUACGCUUGUUCACUGGAGGGGUGAGCAGACAAACGAUCAUGAAACGGCUCGGUAUCCCAAGCAAAACCGUUUAUGAUACGAUCUAACUUUUCACCGGUCUAAACCCACUCUAGAGCAAUACCAGAAACAAAAAAGGAAUCACCAUGAUCUCUCCUCAGACGGUCACAGCUACCAGAGAGCGGAUCAUGAGAAAUCCGUAUCCAAGCACGAGAAUGAUAGCACAUGAUAUGGAAAUGAGUCCGAUAUCAAUGUAAAUCACUCUAAAAAUGCAAGCUCAGUUUGAUACCGAAAUAUGUGAACAGAAGCCGUUAUCAUCUCAACUGUCAAAAAAAGUUGAAACGGAUUCAAAUGUCGAAACUCCAGUUGAGUGGCACGCGCCAUGGCGACCAUUUGAAGAUGGCCUUUUCAGACGAAUGACUGUUCCCGGCGAAGGCCAAUUUGAAUUCUCAAAAUAGUCAGAGGCUUGCUGGGACGUCACUGGACGCGUAUGAAAAAUGGUAGGGCCAUAAUCUGGACCGUGCCAUGAUUUCUUGUCCCAUCAGCUGAACAUGCCAAUCUCAACGCGUUUUCAUCGAUAAUGGUGACAAAAUCAGAAAAGUACGUUAUGUAAAUGAGGCUUCAACAAGGAAACUUCUUCUUCGGUCUCACAAACACUUCGGAGAACAACAUUGGGUGUUCUAGGAGGAUAAUACGCCUGCUCACACGGCCAAAAUCAUUCAGCAGUGGUUCCAGGCCAAUUUGGCAGCGUUCAUCAAGAAGGAAAAAUGGUCCGAUUUCUCGCCGGACCAUUUUUUGUUGAACUAUUCGUUGUUGGGGUCUUACAGGCCAAUAUAAAGGCUAAACCCCAGACAAGUAGGGGAGUGAUAAAAAAAUUCCUUGCCACGUAGGGGGUCAAUUUGUUCACGGACUUCCCGCGUGCCGCGGCAAACUGUUACUUCGGAAGUCUUCGGGCUGUCAUUGUUAGGAAAGGAGGUCGGGUGCAACACUAUUAGCUUAUAAAUAUUGUCAAACAUCUUAGUAAACGUUUUUGUUAAGUAUUUGUUAAGCCUUUCUGACUUCUAGUUUUGGAAUUACCCAAGUUUUAUUUUGUACGGGUAACGGUGGACCACCCUGUAUUUCAGCUGCGAGUAGAGAUGUCAAAAAGUUUUCAACUUACAAAUUUCUUAUAUAUAUCUAGGGGCCACAAAGUGAUUAACAAACUUGUGAAUUUCGGGAAAACACUUAUCGGAAUGUGUUCUAGUUCUUAAAAAUAGUACAUUCCCAAUUUUUUUUUGAAAAAUGUUCGGUACUUCUCGAGUUAUGAACGUUUUUAGUUUGCGCGUUUGCACUGAAAAUUCAGUGAGCGAAAGGGGCGGAGUCUAUUUGGUGGCGGCGGCGCGCUCCCACCCGGGGAACAAAAUGGAGAGCGCGGACAGUUUUAUCACAAAAAUGUAACUUUUUUAUACUAAAAAUGUUGUCUUUAUCGAAUCCAAAAGUAAACAACGAAAAAUUUUGGAAGUGGGUUCGAACCCGCGACCUCUCGAUUAGUGGUUUCAGCACUUGCCACUUUACCACCCGGGCGCGAGCGCGCCCGCCGCUCCGUUCAGUUGAUGUGCGCGGUGUUCGCAGUCACUUUUUAUCAUGAAAAAGUUACUGAAAAUGCGCAGGAAACUGUAAUUUGUGACAUUUCGCCAAGUAAAACGGAUGUUCCCUAGAAGAGAUCUGGUGUAGUUUUUUGUGCUGAAUCCGAUUCUGCCGUCAAAAUCCCGGUGCCGAACCAGUGUCAACCCGAAAACUCCAAAAAACUGGUUUUUCGGGCGAACACGGUAUGUUUGACGAAGUUAAAAAAUAUCUUAUAGGUGUCCAAAUGAUCUGAAAUUUUGUACAGGGAUACUAUACGAGUUUCUUAACACAUUCCAAAAAUAAAAAUCGGGGGUCAUCGCUGAAAAUUUUUUUCAGUUUUAAUUGGCACUUCAAUUGUCUGAAAUUGAUGUUUCGCCAAGUAAAUCUUCAAUUCUGACUUCAAAAACGGAUUCAGCAUGUCAAGAACUAUCGGAAUGCAUAUUGGGAACCCCGGUGCCGGACUUAUAUUGACCCCAAAAAGUUCCUCGAACUGACACUGUCCGAACAUUUUGCUGUUUUCGCGCUUGUUCGCAAAAACCAUGACAGUUAGGCUCAAACUGACUUGACCAAUGGAUUCUACGUGGUUGAUUACAUAAAGUGAUGUUCUUAGUACAAUCAUUUAUCAUUCUGAGUCCGCGCCACAGGCUCAGAAAGACGAAAAAAUGAAAUCCACUGAAAAAUUUCGACGCCCCGCCCCCUCCACUUUGUGGCCCCUAUAUAUAUCACGGCGACCAAAAACGUAGAAAGGGGCGUGGCCUUGCGUGUUUAUCACCAUUUUGGCGCGAAAUUCGAAAUUUAACCCCAUUUUUCAUGGUUUUCGUCAAAAAUUACCCAAAUUUUGUACGAUUUCGACGAUGUAAUUGCAUAACUUUGUUAAACUAAUCAUCGCGCGCACUUUUUGAGCCAAAAACGAGCAGGUUUCAUUCAGAAAUGAAUCAAUUGAAUCGAUUUUCAAGUUUUGUGCUGAAAAUGCGCGAAUUUCAGUCAUUCGCCGACACUUUUUGCCGUUUGAACGCUUAAAAUACUUGUAUUAACGCGCUUAAUCACUUCCGACACUCACUUCGUCUCAAAAUUAUCCAGAUCGGCCGGUAUGAAAAUUCCGAAAUUGCGGCGGCGAUUGGCCGCGGAGGGCGUAUUGCGAAAUAUGCGAAAAACGUCUCAAACGCGGCGUUUUCACGAAAAUUUCGAAGUUUUCUCCCUUUAAUGUCUUCUUUCGUCGAUAUCAAACACAAAAAUAUCGGAAAAGUGCUGGAAUUGCGGCCAUUUUCAGAAAACGCGUCUCAGAUUAGGUCACGCCCCUUUCUACACUUUUGGUCGCCGUGGCUUAUGAAGAUAUUGUAUGCAUUUUUUCAAUUGACAACUAUAUUUGACAUCUCAAACACAAGUUGAGAUACAUCGUCUUGAAGGCACAGUGGGCACUUAACGCAAUAAAUGUCUUUCAGAUCAUAAUGCAAGCGGUGAUCCUCUGCACAUUCCACGCCCUGGCCGCCUACAUUUACGUCUACAUGCAGUUCUUCUCCUCGCCGCCCGCACUCGUCGUGCUCGGCCAAAUCGCGUGGCAACUCAGCAACGGCUGCUUCUGCAUCGUCUACCUGACGCUCAACCGAACGAUCCGCAACGCGGUCAUCCGUCUGUUGCUUUCCAGAAGGAUUCGAGAGAAGUUCGGGCUGCACAUCGGCAUCGACGAGCAAUUGUCGACGGCGGUGCGGUACAGCGCGGCGGUGACCACUGUAAACGGAGCAGGCGCCUGUGUCAAGGUCGGAAACUUUUGCUGA